AUGGUUCGACCACUCUUCUUUGCUAGCGUCUUUGCUGCUGGCGUUUUCGCACAGUCAACCGCUGAUCCUGCUCUGACAAGAGACGGAGCAUUCCAACAUCUUGGAUGUGUUGCUAUCAGACCCGGGACCUUUCCUCGUCAGUUCGAUCUGGGUCAAGCUGGGUGUACUUCGUCAUGUUCGUCAAAUGGUAACAUCAUUGGGUUCCAUGGAAACAGCUGUGUCUGUGACCGUCUUGACCUUUCACCAGGGCCUAUCAGCUACCGCGUUGUAAAGGUUGAUAACGCUCUCUGCAACCAAUGGUGUGAACCAGCCGAUAGAUCCAAGGCAACCUGCGGAGGAGCCACGAUCCAGGGAUGGCCCAUUUACGACCUAUACAAGAGAAACAAUGCUCAGAUCGUCUAUGAGACCUUCCCUGGUGCCACUCCUACUCCUGCACCUACUCAGCCCAUCCAAACUGGCAUGCCCAUUCCCAACCCCAGCCCAAACCCCAAGCCAGGCGACGUCUGGCACGAAUGUCCACCCAAUGUUGUCAACUGCCCUUAUCGCAACAAGUGCCCCAAUGGCAGAUGUCAACUCAAGCCUAUCGCUCAGCCGUGCCGUGGAUGUUCUUACAACGGUACUGGUAACUGGACUGCUCCAACUUGCCCUCCUGGAGGCUGCAAUCAAGGUCCCAAGCCUGUCCCCGUUCCCGUUCCCGGUGGGAAUGGAGGAAGUGGAAGCAGCGGCGGCAACGGAGGAAACGGAGGCACUGGAGGCACUGCUGGAAACGGAGGCAAUAGUGGAAAUGGUGGUAACGGCGGUGGCUCUAGCGGAUCCAACGGCGGCGACGGACAUCACGGAGAUCAACCUCCCGUCAUCGUCAACUCGGCCGUCAAGGCUCAGGGUGGAAGCUUCAUCCUGGCUCUUGUUGUGCUUUCCUUUGCCUUCACUCUUUUGUAG